AUACAGUAGGGCGGACCUGGGAAGUCCAUUUUCAAAUGCUUAGGAGUGGCCUUCUUUGGGGACCACUGCCUGAGGCUGAGCCAGGCUCCGCGAGGUCUCUGGUGCGCGUUUGUGAGGGGGACGCAAUCUUUUCGGCGGGACAGCAGCUGAGCUCUGAUAAAAAUCCCGUUGACUGUCAGCCAUCUUGCCCGCCUCUGGGCGUCGCUGACUACACUUCCCAGAGGACUCCUCGGCAAAACGUGAUUCUCGUGUGAAUUCAACCUCGAGAAUCACGCUCUGGGGGGACCCUCAGGUCCGUACCAGCAAGUGUUUCAGUGCAGUGGAGGGCUCUGCGCCUUUGGAAGCUUGGAAGAACCGAGGUGGGGAACCCUAAGAGAGGGUGGGCUUGAAGCAUCGGCUUUGUACCGCUGAGGAGCUCUGCCUUUAUACAAAAGAGGAGCCCAGAGGAGGACAGGUCCUUUUCUGCAGAUAUUAAAGCCAUGGCUCAGUCCUGGAAUCAAGAUGUGAGACCAAGAAAUUAUUUCCGAAGAAGGAAAUGUAUGAAAUAGAGUCAGCCCAGUGGGAGAUAAUGGAAAGACUUUCAAGACAUGACCUUCAGUGCUCUAGUUUCAGAGAUGAUUGGGAAUGUAAUGGCCAGUUUGAGAAACAGCAUGGCCCUCAGGAGGGACAUUUCAGUCAACUGAUAUUCACCCAUGAAGGCAGGCCCACCUUUAGUCAACAUCCGUCCUUUACAUUACAGCAAAUCAUUAAUAAUAAAGAGAAAUACUGUGCAAGCAAGGAAUAUAGGAAAACCUUUAGACAUGACUCACAGCUUCCCACACAUGAAAUAAUUCAUACCAUUGAGAAACCCUAUGAAUGUAAGGAAUGUGGGAAGGCCUUUAGACAUCCCUCAAGACUCAGUCAUCAUCAGAAAAUUCAUACUGGCAAGAAACCCUUUGAAUGUAAGGAAUGUGGAAAGACCUUUAUUUGUGGCUCAGACCUUACUCGACAUCACAGAAUUCACACUGGCGAGAAGCCCUAUGAAUGUAAGGAAUGUGGAAAGGCCUUUAGUAGUGGCUCCAACUUCACUCGACAUCAGAGAAUUCACACUGGUGAGAAGCCCUAUGAAUGCAAAGAAUGUGGGAAGGCCUUUAGUAGUGGCUCCAACUUUACUCAGCACCAGAGAAUUCAUACAGGGGAAAAACCCUAUGAAUGUAAGGAAUGUGGCAAUGCCUUUAGUCAGAGCUCACAACUUAUUAAACAUCUGAGAAUCCACACAGGAGAGAAACCCUAUGAAUGUAAGGAAUGUGAAAAGGCUUUUCGUUCUGGUUCAGACCUCACUCGGCAUCAGAGAAUUCACACUGGUGAGAAGCCCUAUGAAUGUAAGAUAUGUGGGAAAGCCUAUUCUCAGAGUUCACAACUUAUUAGUCAUCAUAGAAGUCAUACUGGUGAGAAACCCUAUGAAUACAGGGAAUGUGGGAAGACCUUCAAUUUUGACUCACAGCUUAUUCAACAUCAAAAUUUGUACUGGUGAUAAAACAAUAUAUGAAAUGUAUGGGAAUGCUUUUAAUUACAGCUCAAAAUUAUUCAGUUAUUCAGCAAAAGAGACUUUGAUAAUGGAUCCCUCUACAUAGAAUAAUGUAGAAACAUCUUAAUUGUUGACUGCAGCUUGUUCAGCCCAAGAAAAAUCAUUCAGGAAAAGCACCCCAUCAAUACAUUUUGGAAACCCUUUAAUAAAAGCUCCUAUUUCUCUUGCCAUCAGAUAGUUCAGUCUAGUAUUGAAAGUGGCAACGGCACUUUGGGGACCUUUCCAACCUUAUCAUGAGCAUCAGAGAAUACAUCCUGAAAUGAAAUCCUGUGAUUUUCAUUUUCUUUCUUCCAAUUACAUUCUUAGUCUUUUAAUCCAUCUUAAAUUUGUAUGACUGUAAAGUCCAUCUAUUUACAUCAUGGUUUGUAAAAUGCCUUUAUAAGAUACCUUCAAUAUCCAGGAGAAGUGACCUUUUUAUUUUUGAAGAUGGCUUAUUCCUUUUGCUCUUUACAAAAUUUAGACUUCCUUAUUGUAAAAACCUUCAUGAACAACUUACCACUCAGUAAAUAGAGAUCUUUUAC